AUGGUCUCCUGUGCAGCCCAGUGUUCCUUAGCAGGGGAUCCAGCUGUGGGGAAGAGUGCUUUAGCCCAGAUGUUCCGCAAUGAUGGGGCUCAUUUUCAGAAGAACUACACACUGACAACGGGCAUAGAACUGUUGGUGAAGGCUGUAUCAGUUCCAGAGACAAGUGAUAGUGUGGAAUUCUUCAUUUUUGACUCUGCAGGAAAAGAUCUAUUUUCUGAAAUGCUGGAGAAACUGUGGGAGCAACCCAACGUCCUGUGCCUCGUCUAUGAUGUCACUAAUGAGCAAUCUUUCAACAACUGUGCCAAGUGGUUGGAGAAGUUGAGGGCUCAAGCAGUUGGAGUGCACAUCCCAGGUGUCUUAGUGGGGAAUAAAACAGACCUGGUUGGUCGUCGAGUUGUGGAGCAGAAACAAGCACAGGAGUGGGCUGAGAAACACGGCCUGGAAUACUGUGAGAUGUCAGUGAAGGAGAUGAAAAAUUUUGACGCCCCUUUCCACAUCCUGGCAAAGUCAUACCACCAACUGUACAAAGAGAAAGUGGAAACUUUUCAUGCACUAGCUUGAGGGCUGUCACUGGGAUGACGUAUUUAUCCUCUGAGCUUCCUCUAGUGCCCAGAGUCCUGCAGGAUGGAAUACAGAGAGAAGAAAAAAGAUGAGCUAUUUGCUGCUUCAUGGUCAUCUUCUGGUAAUUCAAAAUAAACUAGAAAUAAGCAAGUGGAAAGACA